CUUGAAACAAACAACUUGACAGCAACAUUUUGACACUGUUUCGCCAGAGAUCACGACCCACCCUUUUCAAAUUCCCUACAUUCUCAUCCUCCAAUACUCUUUCCUUUUUCUUAAUCUUGUAUAACUUCUCACGGAUUCCUCAAAAAAGCUGAAAAAUAACAAGAACCCAGGUGAGUUUUGGACGAAACUCUCUUGUUCCCUUCCCAAAUCCAAACGCAAUCAGAAAUCUUCUAUUUAACUUCACUUUGAAUGGAAACCCAUUGAAGAGCUCCUCCCCAGCUUCUUGAAUGGCGAAUCCGCGGAAAGGAAAGUUCUUUUUCAUCUAUUGUCUAUUCGUUUUUGUUUUUCCCCAUUGUUCUAGGGUUUUUGUAUAUAGUUCCAGCUCCUUUGAGCAAAACCAAUCUGAAACUGAAGUACCUUUUGAAAUUAGACAGUAUGAUUUACUGAAAAAUCUUGAAGAGUUAGUUAGAAACCUUAGCGAUGUAGUUUCUAAAUUGGAGUUGAUGUUAUCUGAUAUACCCGCGGUGGUGAAUAGGGAGAAAUUGAAUACUGAUGGUGGAGAUGACGGUUUGGAUAAUAGCAUUCAAGCUGAGGGUAGGAUGAGAGCUGUUUCAGUAACCAAAUAUAGUUUAUUUUGGUCUGAGAGGUUUCACUUUUUGUCUGCAGUGAAACUGGAGUCUGAUGCUACUUGUAUCAAUGUCUUGCCUCUUAGGGAUUUUGAGGGGCAUAGUAAGUAUGUUGCAGUUGGAGAUGAGAGAGGGAGAAUUUAUGUGUUUGUGAUAAAUGGAGAUGUUGCGAUUGAGCUCCCUACGGUGCCUGGAUCGCCCGUUACCGCAAUGUUGUCCUAUAUGUCAAUUUAUAAGAACGAGACUAUUUUGGUUACUGGGCACAAGAAUGGGGGGAUCUUGAUGCAUCGGAUUUGGGAGGGAUCCAAUGGGGAGGAUUUGAAUUUGAUUUUCAUGGAACAUGUUGUAGAAUUUGUGGCCACUGACAGUCGAGAGGACGAGUCACAGAUUUCUCUAUUGGAAUUGCAUUAUGUUGGGAGGACUAGGUACAUUCUGUCUUCGGAUUUCAGGGGAAAGAUCAAGGUUUUCAAAGAAGAUGGUACGGUUUAUGGUUCCGUCAUGCCAACAAGUAGGCCGAUAGCAUUCUUGAAGCAGAGGCUUUUGUUCUUGACAGAAAGUGGUGCUGGCUCAUUGGAUUUGAGAAGCAUGAAACUUAGGGAGUCAGAAUGUGAGGGAUUGAAUCAUUCCCUUGCUCUCAGCUACGUGUUUGAUGCCACAGAGCGAUCUAAAGCCUAUGGUUUCACAUCAGAUGGUGAUUUAAUCCAUGUUUUGUUGUUGGGAGAUAUAAUGAACUUUAAAUGCAGGGUCAGAUCUAAACGGAAGCUUGAGCUUAAUAAACCCCUUAUGUUUCAAACAAUUAAGGGUUAUUUGCUUGUGAGCAGCAAUGAGAAGGUUCAUGUUUUCAAUGUGUCGUCUCAGCAUUAUGUUCGAGUUGGUGCACCAAGGCUUCUAUUUUCUGCUGCUCUAGAUGAGAUCAAAUCAUCUUUCCUUAAUUACCAAAAUUUGGAUUUAGAGUCAAAUUUUAUGCCCUUAAUAUCUAGUGAUCGUGAAAAGCUUGUGGUUCUUGGACUCGGAGAAGGAUACGUAGGAAUGUAUCACUCUAAUCUGCCAAUUUUUAGAGGGGAGUUCAAUUCAACUGUUUGGACAAGCCCUGUUCUGUUUUUCACACUCUUCCUCUUUGGAGCUUGGCAUUUCUUUUCCAAGAAGAAGGAGGCCUUCACUUCAUGGGGACCCGAUGAACCUUUUAGUGCUACUUCACCUACUAGUGUAGCUCCAAUGGGAACGGUAUCCAACAACCGAUCGUCUUUCACAGACACCCCUUCGAGAAGUACCGAUAUGAUGGAUAUCAGAGGUGGUGGUGGUCUAAGAGGACCACCACGGCGUUAUGGUUCUCCCACACGAUAUCCAGUUGGGGCAACAACUUCAUUUAGACCAGCUACGACAAACAACCAUAGCAGCUCCAGAUCUGCAAUUGAUCCAAACUAUAGGGCAGCUUCAGAGCUUAAAUUUAGGGGUUCACCUUUAGAACCUCCAGGAUUUCCAAAACGACGGGAGCCUCUAUUUGCAAACAAUCAAGUGGUCAGUCAGGUGGUGGAUGAAUGUUAAAUUUUUGUUUAAAGAGCUCCAAGUUCGUGAAUGGUAGUAAAUUUUUCUGUUGGUCACUUUUGAUCUCAGAAUCUCUAGUCCUAAAAGGAAAAGAAAAAAAAUAGUGAAAUAAUGCAAUAUCUAUAUCUCUCUUUUUUUUUGUGAUUUUUCAAGAUAGUAAUUAGUACAUCAAAGAAGGUAAUUCUCAUCAAUUGAUAAAAA